AGCGCUGACUGCAUUUCCUGGUCCCGAAGAUCAGAAAGCUGUGCAUGUUUUUGGAGAACAGCAUGAGAUCCAUCUGCUCAGACUUGAUUAUCUGAAAAAAUGGAUGCUUCUCAAGCCAAACAACACCCAGUGAAGAAACGGGUGAAAAUACACCCCAACACGGAGAUGGUGAAAUAUACUUCUCAUUAUCCCCAGCCGGGAGAUGACAGCUACGAAGAAAUCAAUGAAGACUAUGGGAAUUUUCUGGAAGAAAACCCCAAGAAAGGGCUACUGAGUGAAAUAAGAAAGAAAGGAAGAACUUUCUUUGGAACCAUAGAUCCUCAGCCUGUCUCCACAGAAGACCCAAGGACCAAUGAGAUGGGCCGAUUCCAGUACCUGGCAGAAAAGAACAUCUUCCAGUCUCGAAAAAUGUGGGUCGUGUUGUUUGGGUCUGCGUUAGCCCAUGGCUCUGUGGCCCUCAUUACCAGGCUUGUCUCCGAUCGCUCGAAAGUUCCAUCCUUAGAGCUCAUUUUCAUCCGUUCCGUCUUGCAGGUCUUAUCCGUGUUAGUCGUAUGUUACUACCAGGAGGCCCCCUUUGGGCCCAGGGGGUACAGGUUACGCCUCUUCUUUUAUGGGGUAUGCAAUGUCAUCUCCAUCACCUGCGCCUACACGUCGUUUUCCAUUGUCCCCCCCAGCAAUGGGACCAUCAUGUGGAGAGCCACCACGACCGUCUUCAGCGCCAUCUUGGCCUUUUUACUCAUUGAUGAGAAGAUGGCUUGUGUGGACAUGGCCACCGUGGUUUGCAGCAUCGUGGGGGUGUGUCUCGUCAUGAUCCCCAACAUUGCGGAUGAGGACAAUUCUUUGCUGAACGCCUGGAAGGAAGCCUUCGGGUACACCAUGACAGUCAUGGCUGGAAUGACCACGGCUCUUUCGAUGAUCGUAUACAGAUCCAUCCGAGAGAAGAUCAGCAUGUGGACCGCCCUGUUUACGUUCGGUUGGACCGGGACCAUCUGGGGGCUGUCUACCAUGUUCCUUCUUCAAGAACCCAUCAUCCCGUUAGAUGGAGAAACAUGGAGUUAUCUCCUCGCGAUCUGUGUCUGCUCCACCGUCGCAUUCUUAGGGGUGUAUUACGCCUUGGACAAAUUCCAUCCUGCUCUGGUCAGCACGGUCCAGCAUUUGGAGAUUGUGGUAGCCAUGGUCUUGCAGCUGGUUGUGUUACAUAUAUUUCCCAGCGUGUAUGAUGUCUUCGGAGGGGUGAUCAUUAUGAUUAGCGUGUUUGUCCUUGCCGGCUAUAAGCUUUACUGGAGGGAUUUAAAAAGGGAAGAUUAUCAGGAAAUACUAGAAUCUCCCAUUAAAUGAACAUAGGUUUCCUAUUGUCUGGUUAAUGUCCACUUAAUUAAUAUUCACACUGCCAUUUUAAGGUUUAUCUGUAAAGGUCUUUUGUGUUAUAUAAUUGACAAAGUGCUAUAUAAUAUAUAAUGAAAUAUAUGCAGAUGCAGAAAAA